AUGGCACAAGGCCAAGCUUCCAUAGUCAAGAUCGCCGGCGCGGGGUUCCGGCUCUCAUUGCUCCUGAAUGCUGCGGCUUGUCAACUGGCCCAGUCCAAAUUGGAGAUACACAGUAUUGCUAAGGGAAUCUCGCUCUUCGCAUUAACUCUCAAACAUGUUGGGCAGACUAUCGAGGGUUCCGAUCUUGAUCGAUCCCCCGAAGCAACACAGAAGGCGUUCGAGAUUUCUGGACAAGGACAGAUGAUCUUCGUCGAAGUUGAACAUAUGCUAGAUAAGCUGAAGGCAACUGAUCGAAAUGAGGAUCUCAUGAGACUCUCUUUGCAAGAGAGGCUCAAGUGGUGCUUCCCCAAACAGCACGUCACAUACCUCUUAGCACAGGUCGAGUCCCUCAAGCUCAGCCUCAUCGUGAUACUGCAAAUACUACAGCUUAGGGGCGAGGUUAAGGCCAACACCGAGCAUGCAAUGGAUACCGACUCUCUGGCAUCCGCCGCCGACGACACUGUUGCGCAGGAGAAAGCGGAGACUCAGAACAUGAUCAUUGUUCGAUACUGGGCGGUCAAGCGUCUCGAUCGCCUGUGGGAUCUUGUGGAACAGGAAGCUAUAGAUUCCGCUAAGGAUCCGACGAAUCAGAAGAUCAGUUCGAACUACAUCAACACAGCCUCCGCCGGCAAACCCCUAACUACCGCCACAAGAGGCUCAAUUCCUACACGACUCCCUGUCGUGACUUUUGGGGACAGUGAUGUCGGUUUGAGCGACAUGGAACGAUCGCCGAAGGACAUGGUUCAACUGUCGGAGAAGGCAAUGAAUCGAUUGUUAUCGAUGUGGGCGCCUCAUAUCGACCCUUCAAAACCAAACAACCAUAGCCAGACAUCAAAGAGCCAACCACGAGUCUACGUGUCCGAUACAGACGAGCUUUCCGACGAACUCGACUUCGACAGCCAUGAUGGCCACGACAUACGAGGUUACUACCUCGAAGGGAAAACAGAUAAUUGGAGGAACCCUCACUCACAAGAGGCUCGCCAACAUGCAGCGAAACUAAGACAAGAGUACUCUCGAUACCAAGCGCACGUGGAAAGCGAACCAGAUCUCGACGAGCCCAAGCAGCGAAGCCCCAGCACGACCAUUGACUCAAGCGGAGAUGAAAGGGACAGCCUGCACCCGCACAACACCAAUCGGCGUCGCCCAUAUUCACACAGUUUCUCGGAUCAUUCUAUCGACAGGCAACCGAACCUAUACCCAUACCCAAGUGGCAGCUUUCCGCCGCCAUCUCAGCCUCGUCCGCCUCCACCUCCAAUUCAACACAGCCAACACAAAUACCAACCUCCAACAAACGCCCGAUCAAUCCCAAUAACCCAUCCAAACCAGACCACACCAGUCCCGAUGCCCAUGCAAAUGCCAAGUCCCCGACAGAACCAAGUCCAUUUCGAGAACUACCGACCAAACCCCCGUUCAUACCCGCUCUCCACUUCAAGUCCCGAGUCCCGAGUCUCGGAUCCUAGAAGUGCAGAUCCUAGAACAUCCCCGCCCCGCUCAGCGCAAAGAUCCCCGUCCCGUCGACGCGAGCGUGAGCGUGAGCGUGAGCGCGAAGACGCAAAACAAAGACACAAAAAUCUGACCAGAACCGCUACAAAGGGGUUAGUGGGAGUCGGGGCUAUAGCGGGGUUCAUGGAUGCGUUGGAAGCGUUUUCAAUCCUAUGA